AUGACAAGGCCAUCCUACCAGCUACUGGGAAAACGUGUGAUAAACGGUGGGAGGCGCAGGCUUUUACGAGAAGUAUUACUUCCGGUGCUAAUUGGGCUUUCUAUUGGCUAUGUGUUUGGAUUGACUUUAAGUUUUGAGGAGAUCGAUUCCAUUGAUCAUAUUGCACAAAUCGAUGAAGAUGCUCCGGAAUCGACGUUAUUCUUCUUGCGGUGUCUUAUUUUGAAGCCGUUGAACUUUAUAACUGCAAUAAGAGACACUUAUGGGAGUGUAUGCAAUCAGACGAUUUUCUAUACAAACUCGGCGGACAUUCAAAAGAAAGCAGCAGAUCAAUAUGUCAUCGUUGUUGAUUCAAAAUUGAACGGUUUCUAUUGGAGCUACUUUCAACACGUGGUCGACUCGUCUUCAAAGGUACCUGCUCAAUGGACAUACAUCGGUGACGAACAGGGUUUUCUAUCGGUUCAAAAUCUGCGAAAACUCGUACGCGGCUUCAAUCACAAACACCAAUCAUCUCCUCUUAACUUCCAUUCUCCAGCCGUCACGAAUGUCGUACAGGCAGUCAUCGAUGGUAUGCAUCUAUUCCACGACAAGGAUCUCAAGACUUUGAUACCUGAAGCCUACCAGGCUAAACAUAACCACGGGGGCAAAGUUGUUCUUGGCUGUUGCUCGGACCAUGCAAUUUCAUUUGGACAGCUCAGUUACAAGGAUAUCAGACUUGCUGAUUUUGCAUCAGUACAUUGGAAAGUCUUUGGACUGGGC